AUGUCGUGGAUCAGGGCAAGUUCGGUCACGCUGAUGCUGGUGGGUUCGCUGGCAGGUGGGGCAACAUAUGAGGGCGCCUUCGUUUCGGUGCGAGGUUCUGGGGGCCUUCGGCGAUGUCGAUCAGGGCGUGCAGAGGGGGGUGCUUCUCCGGAGCAGCGUCAACCACGUCGGCCUCUGAUCGAUUCAAGAGACUUCCACCUGAGCGGGGCAAGAAAUACCAAACAGAUAAGAGGGGCGCGGGCGCUGGCAGCGAAGAAAGGGUUCGGCGGCGUCGAGAAGAAAGCCCCCAAGAAAACGAAGGUUGCCAAGGAGGUGGCGGCGAAGCGGGCUGCAAAAGCAAGCGCGGUCGUUUCGAGUGGUUUCGCUUACACGGGCUCACUUCGGCCAGGAGUUCAGAGCCCACGAAGGACGGUGCCUCCAGAGAUUGGCCACCCGGACUACGCCGAGGACGGCAUGCCCAAGGGCGGAAACCCGCCGCCGGCCUGGGUGAUCGAGGUCAAGACGGAGGAGGACAUAGCCGGGAUGAGAGCGGCCGGAAAAGUCGCGAGGGAGGUGUUGGACUUGGCGGGGAAGGCCGUAAUGGUGGGGGCCACGACGGACGACGUCGACCGCGCUUGCCACGAGGCCGCGUUGGAAAGAGGAGCGUACCCGUCGCCGCUCAACUAUUUCGGGUUUCCAAAGAGCUGUUGCACGAGCAUCAAUGAGAUAGUCUGCCACGGCAUCCCGGACAGCACCGUGCUGGAGGACGGCAUGAUCGUGAACGUGGACGUGACGGUGUUCUACAAGGGAUACCACGGGGAUUGCUCGGAGAUGUUCUUGGUCGGGGAGGUGGACCAGGCAGGCAAGGACCUGGUUAAGGCCACGUACGACAUAUUCAACGCGGCCAUGGCGUACUGCAAGCCCGGGCGACCGUACUCUGGUAUCGGCGGGGUGAUCCAGGAGAUGGUCGACGAGAGAGGCUUCAGCACCAUCUCCAACUUCUGCGGACACGGUAUCGGGAAAACGUUUCAUGCCAACCCGUACGUGUUGCACCACAAGAACGACGUGAACAACGGCAUCAUGGCGGUCGGGCACACCUUCACAAUAGAGCCGUUGAUAUGCGAGGGGACUGGCCAAAACUUGAUGUGGCCGGACAAGUGGACCGCGGCGACAGCCGACGGCAAGCGAACGGCGCAGUUUGAGCACACGCUCCUACUGACGGAAGAAGGGGCAGUGCCUUUGACGGCCAAACUCGACUCGUCGCCGAGACAGUUCUGGGAAAAAUGA